GAGAGUCAAUAUCAUUUAUGUGUGUUGUGUUUUGAUCGACAAUGGAAUUAAUAAACGAUUUCCUUAAUCUAACUGCACCUUUCUUCACUUUCUUUGGUCUUUGCUUUUUCUUGCCCCCUUUUUAUUUCUUCAAGUUCUUGCAGUCUAUUUUCUCAACAAUCUUCUCGGAAAAUCUUUAUGGGAAAGUUGUUCUCAUCACUGGUGCUUCCUCCGGCAUCGGCGAGAAUUUGGCAUAUGAGUACGCAAGUAGAGGUGCAUGUUUGGCUUUAACCGCACGAAGGAAGAACCGUCUAGAGGAAGUGGCAGAAAUUGCUCGUGAAAUCGGAUCCCCCAAUGUCUUCACCGUUCAUGCAGAUGUCUCUAAACCUGAUGAUUGUAGACGAAUCGUUGAUGAGACCAUCACCCAUUUUGGUAGACUGGAUCAUCUUGUAAAUAUUGCUGGGAUAACACAGAUUUCGAUGUUCGAGGACGUUGAAGAUAUAACCAGGACAAAAUCUGUUAUGGAUACAAACUUCUGGGGAUCAGUUUAUACAACUCGUGCUGCGCUUCCAUACCUCCGGCAAAGUAACGGUAAGAUCGUGGCUAUGUCCUCCUCUGCGGCAUGGCUAACCGCCCCAAGGAUGAGUAUUUACAAUGCAAGCAAAGCAGCUGUGUUGAGCUUCUUUGAGACAAUGAGAAUUGAGCUUGGCGGCGAUGUACACAUUACAAUCGUCACACCUGGUUUUGUCGAAUCCGAGCUCACACAAGGCAAGUACUACUCCGGUGAAGGCGAGUUAGUAUUCAACCAAGACAUGAGAGACGCUCAAAUAGGACCAGUUCCAGUAGCAUCAGCAUCAGGAUGUGCCAAGGGGAUAGUGAAUGGUGUGUGCCGAAAACAGAGAUAUGUGACCGAACCAUCGUGGGUCAAGGUGACCUACCUUUGGAAAGUGUUUUGUCCGGAAUUGAUUGAGCGAGGUUGCCGAUUACUGUUCAUGGCCGGACGUGGUAUGCCCGAGGAAAGUGCACUCAACAAGAAGCUUCUAGACAUUCCUGGUGUACGCAGUGCUCUGUACCCUGAUUCUAUCAGAACGCCGGAAAUCAAGUCGGAGUAGAGUGAGGUCGAUGAAUGAUAAAAAGAUCCAAUGUAUCUUGUGCAAUAAGAAUAUGAUGUUAUGUCACUUAGAGGCUUGUGUUUGUGGAUGGGACUUUUCUCAAUGUACAUAAGUAGUAUGUUACUGUUAGGUUGUGUCUUAUAAGAAUAAGUAAACCGUGUAAUACCAAUCAUGCACAAAAAUCGAAUAGAAUCGAACCAAAGCAACAAAAAUUUU